UCCUCUGCGCUCAUUUUCACUCAAGCUGCGGAGAGAGACACGUAUAGAGAGAGAGGCGGUCAGAGGACGGCAGAGACUGGACACUCUUCCCCGCUGAUCUUGACUGGUCUGUCCCCCUAAAACCCCAGCCGUCAUGGCUUACUCGGCCCCUGGGUCCUACGUGGACAAGACCUACAUGGACCGUUCAUACGGGAAGUCGUACGGAGACAGCGCCUACACGGGUCAGUACGACGACAAAGCCGGCAAGUCGAUGACCGAGACGAUCUACGAGCAGCAGCUGGCGGUAGAGAGGAAGAGGCGUCGGGACGCGAUGUGCUGCGACGUGGUGGCGCUGGUCAUCGGCUUCAUCGGUCUGAUCGGCGUGGCGGCCGUCACGGGCCUGCCCAUGUGGAAGGUGACCGCCUUCAUCGAGGAGAACAUCAUCGUCAUGGAGACCCGCUGGGAGGGCCUGUGGAUGAACUGCUACCGGCAGGCCAACAUCCGCAUGCAGUGCAAGGUGUACGACUCGCUGCUGUUCCUCCCGCCCGACCUGCAGGCGGCCAGGGGCCUCAUGUGCGCCUCGGUGGCGCUGUCCACGUUCGCCUUCGUGGUGUCGGCCGUGGGCAUGCGCUGCACCAAGCUGGUGGACACGCGUCCGCGCACCAAGCACAUCGUGCUGGUGGCCGGCGGCUGCCUCUACCUCAUGGGCUGCGUCACCACCAUCAUCCCCGUCUCCUGGACGGGCCACGUCAUCAUCCAGGACUUCUACAACCCGCUGCUGAUCGACGCGCAGCGCCGCGAGCUCGGCGAGGCGCUCUACAUCGGCUGGGUGACCUCGGCGCUGCUCUUCUCCGCCGGCGUCAUCCUCCUGUGCCGCCACGCGCCCCGCGCCAACGAGGAGGAGGACCCCACCCAGGUGAUCUACCGGGCCGGCUCAGCGUACGGCAACAACUACCAGCCGUACUCCUACCAACCGUACUCCUACCAGCCGCCCGGAUACUACCAGCCGAACUACGGUGCCCCCCAGCCUAACUACGCCGCUCCUCCGCCCGGAUCUAUGGUGUACACACCUGUGCAGUACACCUGAGAGGGGAGCGUGACGGACUGUGACUGUGUGGAGAGUGACUGUAACAGGGUGUCUGAUGAGAGUGACAAGUGGCUCCUUAUGCCUGAAUGCAGUAAGGCUAUAGGCUGCAGUAAAAGGAGCAUAGAAAUGGCAUUAAAACAAGUACUGGACUUGGUUAAGACCCAGUUCUCCCCAGUGUUGCUUUGCAUGUGUAGUAAUUUAACAUAUCUCAGUGAGACAGUAAGCAUUGCAUUUUUUUUAAUCAUCGUCCAUGUCUCUGAGCUUUGUUGUUUCCUGUUGUGAUUUUACAGUACGUCAGUUAGGCCUUCUUAGUAAGUCUGUUGCUGAGAUUGUCUGCUGAAGGGUCAUAUAGUCACUUAGGCUUCCUUUAAGUCAAUUAACUGUGUGAGUGUGUGAGUUAUGACAUGAUGGUGUUUGGAGUAAUUAAGUUGUUAAAUAGCUGCUGUUAAAUGUUUCUUAAGUAAACAUUUGUUUACUCUGACUACCCCUCCUUCACCGUGAGGACCUGAUGCACUGUAUGAUAAUUGUGACCUACUUUGUGUGUUCUGUAAAUAGUUUGGAUUGUACGUUUUGCAUUUAUUUGAGAACUGUACUGUAUAUAAUACACUGGUCCAAGUGGAUGUCGAAUCAACAUAAAGUGACCAGACUUGAAAACAAA